UGAAACCAUUUCGGUCAUUAUACGAACAUCGACAGGACGGAGGAUUAAUACAUCUCGAUCAUAAUUUGACACUAAAACAAGGAAAAUGUCAAACAGUAUGUUCAAGAUAUUUGUGUAUGGGACUCUGAAGAGAGGCCAGCCCAACAAUAAAUUGAUGGAGGGAAUAUUUGACGGUGAGGUCACGUACCUUGGGAAGGGCGUGACCGGCAAGGAAUACCCUUUGGUGAUAGCGGCUGCCGCGUGGAAUUUACCAUGUAUGUUGGCAGUGGAGGGAACUGGCAAAAAGAUUCAAGGUGAUGUAUUUGAAGUUGACGAGGAAAUGCUUAGCUUCUUGGAUGGGUUUGAAGGGCAUCCAGAUUUUUAUCGACGAAGGCAAAUAAUAAUUCAGCUGAUGAAAGAUCGAAAUGGGCAGAAUCUUGACCCUCCCAAUGUUCUUACCUGUUGGUGUUAUUUCUAUCUCAAGUACGAUCGCUCAUAUCUUACCCUGCCUUUCCUGGACGACUACGAUAGCUGGGGACCUCAUGGACUCGUGUAUGAUGAACGGGAGCUAGAAGAAAACACCAAUGAAGUGAAAGAAACAACGGCCAGCUGA